AUGAGGAGCGGCGGCGCGGAGCGCAGGGCCAGCGUGGCGGGGGCGCCCCCCGGCUCGCCGCCCCCCGGCCCUGGCCAGCCCCGCCGGGACUCGGGCGAUGCCCGCGCGCAGCCGCGCCCGCUGUUCGCGUGGAGCAAGUGGAAGAAGCGGAUGAGCUCGUCCAUGUCGGCGGCCACGGCGCGGAGGCCGGUGUUUGACGACAAGGAGGACGUGAACUUCGACCAUUUCCAGAUCCUGCGUGCCAUUGGGAAAGGCAGCUUCGGCAAGGUGUGCAUUGUACAGAAGCGGGACACUGAGAAGAUGUUCGCCAUGAAAUACAUGAACAAGCAGCAAUGCGUGGAGCGCGAUGAGGUGCGCAAUGUCUUCCGUGAGCUGGAGAUCCUGCAGGACAUCGAGCAUGCUUUCCUCGUGAACCUGUGGUACUCGUUCCAAGAUGAGGAGGACAUGUUCAUGGUGGUGGACUUGAUGCUGGGCGGGGACCUGCGCUACCACCUGCAGCGCAACGUGCACUUCUCUGAGGACACGGUGCGGCUGUACGUGUGUGAGCUGGCACUGGCCCUCGACUACCUGCGUGGCCGGCAUAUCAUCCACAGGGAUGUCAAGCCAGAUAACAUCCUGCUGGACGAGCAAGGACAUGUUCAUCUGACCGACUUCAACAUCGCCACCAUCAUCAAGGAUGGGGAGAGGGCCACGGCACUGGCAGGGACCAAACCGUACAUGGCUCCCGAGAUCUUCCAGUCUUUCAUCAGCGGCGGCAGCGGCUACUCAUUCGAGGUGGACUGGUGGUCGGUGGGCGUGCUGGCCUACGAGCUGCUGCGGGGAUGGCGGCCUUAUGACAUCCAGCCCAGCAGCUCUGUGGACUCGCUCGUGCAGCUCUUCGGCACCGCCACGGUGCAGUACGCGCCAGCCUGGUCCCGGGAUACUGUGGUUCUGCUACGUAAGCUUCUCACAGUGGACCCCAAGCACCGCUGUGCCAGCCUCCGGGAUAUGCAGUCUGCACCUUCCAUGGCCACUGUGCUGUGGGACCAGCUGAGUGAGAAGAAGGUGGAGCCUGGCUUCGUGCCCAACAAGGGCCGCCUGCACUGUGACCCCACCUUCGAGCUGGAGGAGAUGAUCCUGGAGUCAAGGCCGCUGCACAAGAAGAAGAAGCGUCUGGCCAAGAACCGGUCCCGGGACAGCAGCCGAGACAGUUCCCAAUCAGAGAACGACUACCUGCAGGACUGCCUGGAUGCUAUCCAGCAAGACUUCGUCAUCUUCAACAGAGAAAGGUUGAGGAAAGAUCAGGACACCCCAAGCGAGCCCUUCUCUGACCCUGACCCAGAGCUUUCGGGGGCUGCUGCGGAGUCAGCACAGGACAGCAAAGAGGCACAGCCAGUCCCGGCCCCAAGUGGGAGCAGCUAGAUAGGCCCGUGGCCUGGACACAGCCUGGGAGAGUGGCACUGACCAGCUGCUCUUCUCACCCCGCUCCUCCUCUUCCCUGACAUUCUGACCUCAGUGGCCCAGGGCCUGUGUGAAUGAGGACCUCAUCGUGGGCACCCAGCCUGCUGCUCUGGUGGACAGGAGAGCCCGCCCCACACAGGACUGAGUCCACUGUGUCCCGGGCUCCACACUGCUGGGCCGCUGUGGGGCUGGGCACGAAGUUUCCGGCCCGUUUCUAGGGUCUCCACCUCAAAUUACAGUGUGAGGACCAGGGUGGCUUGUUUCUGUGCUGUGACACUCCCACACCCCACUCCCAGCUGCCAGUUCUGUGGGCUGGGGUGCCCCUCCCUGGACCACUCCAGCCCUUCGUCAUCCACCUGGAGUGCCCCAGAAGCCUGUCUCCUGGGCCCCGGGAGGCCCCACUCUGUGGACACAGAGAGGGCUUGGGGAUGGAGCCUGGCAUGUAAGCCCUGAUGGGAGGAGAGGGAGAGGAUCCUAGAAGCCACCCCAGGCCAAAUGUGUGAGCACAGAAGCUGAA